AUGAGCGCGAUCUUUCGGAUGGUCCAAGAGACCCAAGAGUCGCUCUCGGACGAUGCCCUUCUACCCCUGCGGUCCUACAAGUACUCGAGUGUGGAUAAGUCGUUCAUUUCGCGGUAUAUUCUGAAGCACUACUGGAAUGCCUUCGUCGAAGUGUUGCCCAUGUGGAUGGCUCCCAACAUGGUGACCCUUCUCGGGUUCGUGUUCAUCGUGGUCAACGUGUUUUUCAUCGGGAUGUUCGUGCCAGAUCUCGUGGGACCGGGUCCUGCCUGGCUGUACUUUAGCUUCGCCCUUGGAGUUUGGAUCCAUGGGAUUGACUCUUUGAAUUGCACUCUUGCCAGUCUGUUGGAGACGGCUGCUAUGGGAUUCGGUGCCUCACAACUGGGUGCCUGGACCGCCCUGGUACCUUGCCUGGCGAUGUAUUUCUCGACUUGGGAAACCUUCCACACGCAUACUCUCUAUCUCGGCUAUUUCAAUGGUCCAACUGAGGGUCUUCUCAUCGCCAUCGCCAUCAUGAUCGCCUCUGGCAUUUGGGGCCCCAGUAUUUGGUCGCAGCCAAUCACGAAUUUGAUCAACAUUCCCCAAAUCUUCGGCACCAACUCUGUGCGCGACCUUUGGCUGCCAAUCCUUCUGGGUGGCUUUUUCCUGGCCCACCUUCCGGGAUGUGUGUACAAUGUGGCUUCCGCACGCAAGAAGCAGGGCUUGCCGUUCACCCCGUUGCUGAAGGAAUGGCUGCCCAUGGUCCUAUUCACGCUGUGCAACAUUGCCUGGCUCUUCUCGCCGUACUCGACUAUCCUAUCCGGGAACCAUCUGGUUCUGUACUGCUGGGCCAUCUCAUUUGUCUUCGGCCGGAUGACCACUAUGAUCAUCCUGGCGCAUCUGCUGAAGCAACCGUUCCCUUACUGGACCGUCCUGCAGGCUCCCGUCAUCUUUGGAGCUGUGCUAGCCAACCUGCCGCGGAUUGGGUUGCCAGCGAUCAGCGCUGGGCUUGAGCUGUGGUACCUGCGCUUGUUCUGUUUGUUUGCCUUUGUGAUCUAUAUGCACUGGGCAGUCCUCGUCAUCAACCGCAUCACCACCUUCCUUGGGAUCAACUGCCUCACCAUCCGCAAAGACAAGGCCGUCGCUCGGGAACGAGUAUACCAGCAUUUCGGAGAGCCAGAACCUGGCGAGGUUAGUGACAGCUCAGAUGGCAUCAAGAGCCAUUAG